GCCGGCAGGGGCGGGCUCGGGGCGGUUGGUUGGAGCGUCGCCGCAGUCGAAAGGUCCGGGAAAGUUUCUUUGGAGGUCCGGCCCGGAGCGGCCAUGUCCCACGGUCCCAAGCAGCCCAGCGCGGCCGCCGCGCCGGCGGGCGGCAAGGCUCCGGGCCAGCACGGGGGCUUCGUGGUGGCCGUCAAGCAGGAGCGCGGCGAGGGCCAGCGGGCCGGCGAGAAGGGGUCCCACGAGGAGGAGCCAGUGAAAAAGCGGGGCUGGCCCAAGGGCAAGAAGCGAAAGAAGAUUCUGCCGAAUGGGCCCAAGGCACCGGUGACAGGCUACGUGCGCUUCCUGAAUGAGCGGAGGGAGCAGAUCCGCACGCGCCACCCGGAUCUGCCCUUUCCUGAGAUCACCAAGAUGCUGGGCGCAGAAUGGAGCAAGCUGCAGCCUGCAGAAAAGCAGCGUUACCUGGAUGAGGCUGAGCGGGAGAAGCAGCAGUAUAUGAAGGAGCUGCGGGCCUACCAGCAGUCGGAGGCCUAUAAGAUGUGCGCCGAGAAGAUCCAAGAAAAGAAGAUCAAGAAAGAGGACUCUGGCUCCGGGCUCAUGAACACACUCUUGAAUGGACACAAGGGUGGAGACUGUGACGGCUUCUCCACCUUCGAUGUUCCCAUUUUCACUGAAGAGUUCUUGGACCAAAACAAAGCGCGGGAGGCGGAGCUGCGGCGUCUGCGGAAGAUGAACGUGGCCUUCGAGGAGCAGAAUGCUGUGCUGCAGAGACACACGCAGAGCAUGAGCAGCGCGCGCGAGCGCCUGGAGCAGGAGCUGGCGCUGGAGGAGAGGCGGACGCUGGCGCUGCAGCAGCAGCUCCAGGCCGUGCGCCAGGCGCUCACCGCCAGCUUCGCCUCGCUGCCGGUGCCGGGCACUGGCGAGACGCCGACACUGGGCACGCUGGACUUCUACAUGGCCCGGCUACAUGGUGCCAUUGAACGCGACCCGGCCCAGCACGAGAGGCUCAUCGUCCGCAUCAAGGAGAUCCUGGCCCAGGUCGCCAGCGAGCACCUGUGAGGACUCAGCCGUCACCAAUGCAGAGCAGCAGCUCUGGCUCCACUCUCUCCCCACCCCAGUGAAGGAGAGGCUGGGGUCCACCCUGAGGGGCUAGGCCCCAUUCUGCACCUUGGGGGCUCCAGCCCCCCUAAAAUUAAAUUUCUACGGUAUCCCUUUAGCUUUCAAUCUGCAGCUUCUUGAACCCAGAGGAAGCACCGGCCACUGUAGGUGCAGCCAGAAUCCCGUGGGCGCAGGGCCUAGAGAGCCUGUCGCCUCUUGGGGCAGGUCACACUGCAGGACCACAGGAGGACUCUGCUGCACGCCCGGCUGGAGGCCGCACAGUCGCCCACUGCACAAUGUGGGACCCCCAGAAUUGCUCACCUGAAGGGCGGCAUGAUGUGCCCCACAGGCAGGGAGGCACAUGGGUGGACCCCAGAAUCCCUGCUGCACCCCAGGGGAAGGCUGUGCAGACCCCUUGUCUGGUCGAGGGACCCGUGUGGAGCCAGACCUUUCCCACGGCUCAGUCCUGACUUCUAAAAUAAACACAGGGAGUUUGCGUUC